CUUUGCGCAGACGUCAGUAGGAAAAGUAGUCGAUCACGCAUCAGCCAUCUGAGGCUCUUGUUGGUGGAAAGCUUAAUCAUCAUGGUAAGGAUGGAAGAAGUUAUAUAAUAUCUACGAUGUAUCAAAAGUGAAUGCAAACGUAAUUAUUAAAUGCAACAGAAAUAUCUGUUAUCUGUAGUCGGAUAGAAAGGCUACCUAGCUAGCUAGUUAUCCAUAGCAAUGAGUAAGCCUUUAGUUAAGCUAACUAGCUACGCUGCCGUACCGAUAAAAAAAAAGAUAAUGAAAUAGAAUGUGUAGCUAGUUAGGCCAACAACAAAUGCUAUGGCUGCAUCCCUAACCUGUGACUAUCCCAUAUUUUGUGUAGAAUACGAUAGUAUUGGCUAACUUCUUGCUUAAUGUUAUUGGACAUAGCUAACGUGUUAAUCAAUGGGAGUAGCUAGCUAACUAAUGUUAGCCAUUCAGCUAGCUAGCUAGCUACCUAAAUUACUUGUUCACAACUUCAAGUCAAACUUCUGGUGUGAAGACCAAGCUGUGUUACUAGCUAGUUAGUUAAAUCAGCGCUAACUAGCUAGUUAAAUCACCGCUGCUUUAGCUAAGUAAUUGCCUUGGUAAAGACACGUUAAGAUGUAACUGUUACCAUCAAAGUGGGCUUUGGGCAACCAACAAAAAUAUAAACAAUGGAGCAAUAAUGCAUCCCAUGAUAACGUUUUCACAUGCAAAUGGACUUGAUUUCUAUUAUGUAGUCAAUGAUGACAUACUGUGCUAUGACGAUAGCAACUUUUGUAUUUUUGUUAGUUCCGCAACCAGUAUGACAACGAUGUCACAGUUUGGAGUCCACAGGUAAGAGUCUGCAAAUACUGGUAACAUAACAGUUAGCAAUUUCAGCUGCAAUAUUUGUGACUGUUAUAACAGGUCAUUGUCUUGUUUCAGGGGCGUAUUCAUCAGAUUGAAUAUGCUAUGGAAGCAGUGAAACAAGGAUCUGCCACAGUGGGUCUGAAAUCUCGCAGUCAUGCUGUACUUGUGGCUCUGAAGGUACAAUUUACAUUGAUUUUACAUUUGCAUAGUGUAAAAGUAGUCUAUUUUUAAUUCUAAUUGUGUGUUCUUGUCCAGAGAGCUCAGUCAGAGUUGGCCGCCCAUCAGAAGAAAAUUCUACACGUCGACAGCCAUAUUGGCAUCUCCAUUGCUGGCCUCACUGCUGAUGCAAGGCUACUCUGGUAAGAGAGAAUCUGUUGUGCAUGGUUUUUCAUAUUCUUAAAGAGAAUUAGAAAGGGUUUUUAUGACUGGAGUUAACACUUCUCUCUUCCAUCAUACUCCUUCAGCAACUUUAUGCGUCAGGAGUGCCUGGACUCCAGGUUUGUGUUUGAUCGGCCUCUCCCUGUGUCCCGCUUGGUCACACUGAUUGGAAGCAGUAUCCUUUUACCACAAAUGUUUUAGUUUUUAUGAUGCUGAAUGUUUGAGUUGCAAUGGUGUAAUAACUUUUCAAAUGGCCAAUACAGACACAAUUCAUGCUACACACAGACAAUCCACCUUGACCUAGCACUCAGAAACCCAGAUCCCUACACAGAGAUAUGGAAGAAGGCCUUAUGGUGUGGGACUGCUCAUCGCAGGAUAUGAUGUAAGAUAUGUUUUGGUUGGUUUGUCCUGCUAUAAAUAUUAGUGGAAUAGUAUGUCAUAUCUAAUAUUGUCUGUCUCUUCUAGGAUAUGGGGCCACACAUUUUCCAGACCUGCCCCUCUGCCAACUACUUUGAUUGCAAGGCCAUGUCCAUAGGGGCCCGCUCCCAGUCUGCACGUACCUACCUGGAAAGAAACAUGGACGCUUUUUUCAACUGUGAGUAUUUUAUGCCCUUUCUUCUCUGCUUCUCAGGAACUGAUGUAAGCACGUUGUAAAGCUUUUGUUCUGUCUUGUAGGUGAACUGAAUGACCUGGUUCAACAUGGCCUACGGGGACUGAGGGAAACUCUACCUGCAGAACAAGAUCUUACCACAAAGGUAAACCUUAAGCUUACUGUAAGCUCUAUGGCAACACAAGAUUCGGAGCGUAGCGCAGUGUUGCAAUAUCGUUUUUCAUCACAAAAGGGGAGUCUCCUUGUAAAACGCUCCGGCAUUCGACUUACUUUUCUACUACCUGAAAAUUGAGGGGCAGUGUUGUCGCUUGGUUCCUUGAUCCGAUCUAUAGGCUAUAUAGGCUAUUCAUCAAAGUCGCCUAUUUUGCAUUGAUAACCAAACAACAAGAAUCCACCCAAAAAGGUAUUUUGUUUAGAAGUUAUAACUAUCAGGCUGUUGUGAAAUGGUAGAACCUGCUGUAGCCAACUAGCUAGCCAUGUGCUUUUUUCUCUGUGACCAAAACAUGUUCUGUUUUUAGCUGAUAUGGGAAUUAAUACACAAGCAGCAUAUCAAACUGGGAUAAUGUUUUGGGUUACACUUAGUGAUGUUACGUUUGAUGCCUGAGCUCCGAGGCAUGCGUCAGAAUUGUUAAGCAGUGUACUUCGAAGCAGUGUGCCGAUGCCAGUAUCACUUUAUCAGAAGCAUGUGAUCAAUGACAGUCGAAGCUUCAUUUCGUCGAACAACCACCUGAUUGGUUUGGUAGAAGACAAAAAGGCUACGCUGCGCACACGCUACGGGGUGUGGGACGUCGUCUUUAAUCAUUUAUUUUGACCAGCAGGCGCCACUAGUGUACACUGUGUUGAUCAAAGCCUCGAGUAAUGAACCUAUUUCACAAAAUGUUCUGGAAAACCUCAGCUUCAGGAAGCUUUGUUUCCCCAUCAGUAGUUACACCUGCAAGUAUACGGAUAUUUGCUAGGGCAUAUGUUUUAAUUAUAAAUCGGAUUAUUUCAGAUUGUGGAGAUGUGGGAAGUUAAAAGGCUAGCUAGCUUACUAUGUUUAAAGUCAACUAGCCAGAAAAAGGUUGCUAUCGCCCCUUUGUGAAUGGGAGGGGAACCGGCGAGGAUGUCAUGUUACCAAAAGGUGUCCGCUGCUCCAAACAUCCCACUCCACCCACAUGCACGUAGAUCAACCGAGUGAAGCUUGUAGUAACCUGAAGACUUUUACGUCAGGCUACUGUCCAAUUAUCUACUCCCCACCCUGUGCUUUCAUUCGGUCCUCCUGAUGGGAUGGAUAUAACUACUAUGUGAAAACACCUUCUAGCCAUGCUUACACUAAUCCAGUACUUUUAAAUGUGUGAGGGUUUCAGAGAGAAGGGUAGGGGAUCAGAACACAACUUAAAGCACAGAUUGACAACUUACUGUCUGCCCUUUUAGAAUGUGUCCAUCGGGAUUGUUGGCAAGGAUAUGGAGUUCACCAUUUACGAUGAUGACGAUGUGGCAUCAUUCCUUGAAGGCCUUGAGGAGAGGCCACAGAGAAGGGUAAAGAACAAUUUGGCAAAUUUUGAAUUAAAAUAUUUUCUCUCAGAGGAAACUUGUCAAGAGGAACGGUUAUUGCCUUAAUAAGAUUCUUGACGGUACAUUAUUCAGUUAUCUCCAAACCUGACAAUGCCCAUGCCUUGUCCUCUUGUUGUGCUGCAGGUUGCCCAGCCAGAUGACGAGCCGGCAGCAGAGAAGCCAGACGAGCCCAUGGAGCUC